AUGCGAGAUGGUUUUGAAAAUCAAUUUGGAUUCGAGCUCGAUAUGCAGAAUACCCCGCAAUCCAUCAUCUGUUUUCAGAAGCUCCCAGAUGCCUGGUGUAUUCAGCGCCAAUUAAGCGUGCGCUAAGAGUAUCGCGAGCAAUGAAUGUCUUCGAAAUCAUCGGACAGCUUUCGGGUCAAUUAGUCGCUUUUACACUAAAAGAUGGGAGCAUCUGCCUACCGAGGUGCCUGAAGAUCCAUCCAGGAUUUUUUUGGCUCUUUCAAU